GGAUGAAUCUUUUACAGAUUCUAGUCGAGAAGCCAGUAGAGAUAAAGGAUCUUCAAUUUCAUCGUCACCAUGCUCAAAUAAUACUCCUAUUUCAUCAUCACCAUUAUUUGUCAACCGUAAUGCUGACCAUUUUUCUAAAGCUAGCAAUACAAAUGGAAUACGUCCUGAUGGCCAAUUAAUAUGUGAAAGUAUAUUUUCUAGAUUUAAGAUGGAAGUAGGAUCACUUGAAUCAAGUAAACUGGUAAAUUCAUUAUUCAAUAAGAAACAGAGUGAUAAGGCAAAGCUUAUAUUAGCAAUGCUGAUGUCUGGAGCUCACGUUUGUAACAAUUUUGAUCCUUCAUACAUGACCCAAUCUAUUCAAAAAUUGCUUGAAGAAAUUGGAUAUGUGACUCUACAAGUUCAUAAUGAGAAUUUAAUCGCGCAUAUAUAUGACUUCACUUAUAGCCCAAUUAAAGUAAGACAAAUUUUAAUUGAUGUCUUAAUUCCGGUUUGUCCUACAGUUAGAAUUGGAUUAGCAAUUCUUUGGAAUGCUGAAUCAUUAAUCAGAUUU